AUGUAUGUGCUGAGCUGGCUGUCGCUCUUCAUCCAGGUGGCCUUCAUCACGCUGGCCAUCGCAGCCAGACUCUAUUACCUGGCAGAAUUGAUAGAAGAAUACACAGUGGCCACCAGCAGGAUCAUAGAAUAUAGGGUCUGGUUCUCCACAGCUGUGCUGAUUGGCCUCUACGUUUUUGAGCGCUUCCCCACCUACAUGAUUGGCGUGGGCCUCUUCCUGGCCUACCUGGUCUACUUUGGCCUCCUCCAGACCUUCCCCUUCAUCAUGCUCACCUCGCCUAACUUCAUCCUGUCGUGCGGGCUAGUGGUGGUGAAUCAUUACCUAGCGUUUCAGUUUUUUGCAGAGGAAUAUUAUCCUUUCUCAGAGGUCCUGGCCUAUUUCACUUUUUGUCUGUGGAUAAUCCCGUUUGUGUUCUUUGUGUCACCGUCGGCUGGGGAGAACGUCCUGCCUGCCACCAUGCAGCCUGGAGAUGUUGUGGUCUCCAAUUACUUCACCAAAGGCAAGCGAGGCAAACGCUUAGGGAUCCUGGUUGUCUUCUCCUUCAUCAAAGAGGCCAUUCUACCCAGUUGGCAGAAGAUAUACUGA